AUGGAUAGCGCACAUAAACCCAUGUCCAUGAAAGCGCAGCAGCGACGCUUCGAGAACAUGCUCCGCGUAGACGCUGGUCUUGAAGAGUUGCCUGGGUCGGAUUCCGAAGAGUCUGACAGUGGCCCUGUCACACCGCCCAGCAGUCUUCCAAGAGACUGUUUUGGUCCUUAUAUGCAACAAUUUAGUGAAAUAUAUCCCCCUUAUUCGGACUGGGAGCUCUUGGAUAGGGUCGAGCCGGACCCGCAGCCUGAGCCUGGUCCUGGUCCUGGUCCUGGUCCUGACCCUAAACCUGCUCCGGAGCCUAAGCUUGAACCUGAGCCUGAGCUGGAUUUGGAUCUAGAUUUUGAUGUGGACACGUACCUGCUGAACAUGGAGCUGCUGGACCAGGAGCUGCUGGAUAUGGAGCUGCGUCUGGGCCCCGGACCGAAGCCAAAGGAUGAGCCGGAACCUGGCCUUGGGGCAUCACGAUCCAAUACGACUGUGGACAGCCACAUUCUCACAAAAACUACGACCAAUGGCCAAUCUUCUCAUCGCCCGGUGCCCACUUCACGCAGCCGUCGUGAGCGCUUAGCCAUACCCCAGGCCAGGAAUAUCGAAGAAAGCUGCUGGGAGGAUGUCGAAAACGGGAGGACCUCAGAAGCACGAACGAACUGGGCGUGUACACACAAGUGGCAUCAGAUGGACGAAGACGCAGAGAACGAUCGCAUGAUAGAGUCCAUGAACAAGGCUCAUGAAGAAGAUCUGGUCUCCAAGUCCACUUCAAGGUACAAAAACCCUAAGGAAGAGCAUAUCAAGUGGGCCAAGGAUUAUAAAGCUGCCAAAGAUGCCUCGAAGCAGAAGAAGUGGGAACAGCGCCAGACUGAGACGCGGGAUGAGCACCUGCAGUCCGAGUUUGUGGAUCUGAGUGUUCACCCAAGCGAGCUGUAG